UCCUCCCCCUUUCGGGGACUCGUCACAGGCUGAUAGCACUAGCACAGGCUACAUUACAAGGAGGCAGCUGGUGAAUAGGAGCAGAGUGAGAGAGGGAGACUAACACGGGACUAAAACAAAAGAAAGCACGGGAUGGAAUAAAGCCGGACAGCGCUGAGUUGCUCGGUUUCUCUCUGUCAUCCGACGCCGGCUGAAGGACUUUGUUUCGUGUGAUUUCGUGCUCUGGAGACUGCGAUACAACAAUUGAAAAUGCGCCUGGCAGUUUGAACUGUGAUGGGGAGAGACUCUGUCGUUGUAAGGUUGGAUAUCGAUCGCCCCGGCCGCCUGUGUCGACUCCCUCACGCUUAAACUUCACCGAUAUGGUGUGCUGAAUGCUUUUGCGAGGAUAUACGCUUGAAAACAACAGCUGAGGCGAAUCCGUGUCAGCUAGCUCGCUAGCGACUGUUAACUAGCAUUGGCAUUAGCCUGCUCCUCAUGGUGGACAUUUAAAUACACCUCAAGUGGAAUUAUCGUGGCAGUUGCUGGAAAGUGUUGGUUUUAUGUGGAAAUUACUCGACCGGCUUCAAGUUGCUUCCCAAAAAGAGCUUGUUCUCUUGAGCUGUGUUUAUAACUUUGUCGGAGACUAUCCUCUAGAAAUGAAUCACCACGACCGAUCCGGGGACUCCGGCAGCGCCCGAAAAAUGGUUUACCCCAUGAGUUUACCCAAACGGGAAAGCAGCAGCAGCACGGUAGGUGGUUCCACCACAUUGACAACUUCUGGAAGCACCAGCCUUAAUAGCAACAACUUGAUGCUGGGGGAUGAUUAUUCAUCACCAGUGCUGAUUCAGUCUCAAACACCGGCUGCGCCCUCGCUCGGGCCCCAGAACCCUCCUCAGAGUCUGAAUAUCCCCAUGCAGACCCCCCUGUUACCCCAAACUCUGCCCACCACAGUGGCACAGAUGAAAAAGAAGAGUGGCUUUCAGAUCACCAGCGUUACUCCCGCUCAGACAUCUGUCAGCACCAACAACAGCAUUACGGAGGACACCGAGAGCUGCGACGACCUGGACGAGUCGCACACCGAAGACUUGUCGUCCUCCGAGAUCAUGGAUGUGUCACUUACACGGGCCAACAACGCGGGGGGACCGGAGCGGAGCUCUUCGGAGGAGACACUGAAUAACUUCCACGAAGCGGAGACCCCGGGGGCCGUGUCUCCCAAUCAGCCACCCAUUCUCACCCAAGCGCACCUGCAUGGCACUAUGGUUAACGGGACUGUUCACCAUCAUCACCAUAAUCCUGCUCCCUCUGGAAAAGCCCAUCCUGCUGCUGGGACGCAGAUGGGGAUACCUUUGGGUGCCACGGUCACAACCUCAAGCUCUGGAGCUUUAGCUAGCACAGGCCAGAAAAUGCCUUCAAAUGUGGUAGGAUUGAUUGAGAACGCCUCUGUUGGCACAACCGCUAUCAUCGGUCAGCCCUUGGCCACUGUUGCCUCAGGAACUGGAAUGAUUUCUGCGACUUCAGGUGCCACAAUUAGUAAUCCUAUAACAAAUAAUGUUUCUAUGUUAAAUUCCGCCAGUGUGCCUGCUGUGGGUGGCAAGAGUACCAAUAGUAGCAAUGUAAACUACUCCCCUGCUUUGAAUAGUAUUAGUAACCAAACUGUAAACUUGACACACAUUCCCAGUGGAAUAAUUGGCAUGGGCGUCAUCGCUGCUACCACCAUUUCCGGUGGUGUUGUUGCUUCAACAGGUGGAGCGCAAGUGGGCCCAGCUGUCAUGGGCCAGCACGCAAUGCCUGCUCCCUCUGUCCCGGCAAUGAGCGCUCAGCCUCAGCAGGCCCAAGUGCCUACUCCUGCCUCCACCAGCUCACGUUUCAGAGUGGUCAAAUUGGACUCUACCUCUGAGCCGUUUAAAAAGGGUCGGUGGAUGUGCACCGAGUAUUAUGACAAGGAACCCCCAAGCACGGCGUCCUCCGAAAACGCCCCCAGUACCCGAACAGUGGAAAGCAUCCGCCAGUUUGUGCCUGAGAGUGUGGCUCUGACAGACAGAGAAAGUGUCAGCGGGAGCUCCGUCAGCAGCACGGCUAGCCAUUACACUGAAAGUCUGGGCAGCGGGGAGACGGGCGGCCCCUCAGCUGUGAAGCAGACCUUCCAUCAGUCUGCUGCUCAAAAGCAUGACUAUUCGUCUUCUAACAUGUCCAUGUCUCAGAUGCAACCUCAAGACUUAGUUCAUGCGCAUCUUAAGACUCAAAUGCCGGUGGGCAUUCAGCCUCCGGCAACUAUGGGAGGACUGCAGACCACAAUUGGGCAUUCAACAGCAGCCGUGCCCCCUCAUAUGCCUAAACUGACAUACGCCCAGGCUGCACAAUCCUCCCCUGCUCAAGCCCUGCCUGUGGUGACCCAGCAGCAGAUGGGCUACCCGCCCGCACCGCAGCCAGCUGCACCGGCACAGGUAGUGCCGGCACAUGUUAACCCCUUAAGCCAAGGAGGCAGCCUGCCACCUGACUUCCCUCAACCCAAGCAGAUCAUGAACACUGUGCCACCUGGGUCAACGCAAACCCUUCCCCACCUGUCUGCCUCCAUCCCUCCGGUGGUGGGGAACGGUCAGCUGAUUGCAGCUUCGCAGCAGCCCGUGGGUACUGUGCCACCCCCUGCUGCUCAGCCGCUUCCACAAGGGCUCCUGCAGCCACAACAAACACCCGCCCCGCAGAUGGUCCAGGUUGUGCCGCAGCUGGUGCAGUCCGCCGGUGCCGGGCUCAUACAGCAAACCCAGGGGCAGCAGCUCGCCCCUCAGCCCUCCAUGGAGCAGCAGUCCCAGCUCGGCAGUCAAAGCCGUGGCACCCAGUUCGUCCCGGCCGUGACCUCAUCAAACGUGCCUCCUACCCUUCAGAGUGAUCCCCAGUCUAGUUUGAUCCAGAACGGCUCGAAGGAGCCCGGGCCGCAGCCUGCGGUGAGCACCGUGAUGCCCACGGCGCAGGAGGAUGCCCAGCUCCUGUUACAGCACCCGGCUCUGCUCUCACAACCCAAGCCCGUUGGUGGUCCUGAGGGAAGCAGUGGAGUCAAUGCCUUAACUGCCUCGGCCAGCCUGCUGAAGAGCUUACCUGUGGAUGGAGAGGAAGAUGGCUCAUCGGGUGCCAGUGUUGUGGCCAUAGACAACAAAAUUGAACAAGCCAUGGAUCUGGUGAAGAGUCACUUGAUGUACGCUGUCCGGGAGGAGGUGGAAGUGUUGAAAGAACAGAUUAAAGAACUGAUUGAGAGAAACUCUCAACUGGAACAGGAAAACAACCUGCUGAAGAACCUGGCCAGUCCGGAGCAGCUCGCGCAGUUCCAGGCGCAAGUUCAGAGCGGCGGGUCGCCGCCGUCGUCCACGCAGGGAGCGCAGCCGCCCGCCCCGUCGGCCCAGCUCGCAGCACAAAACUCUGGGCCGUCGGCGUAGCACCAAACAAGUUCCCGUCAUGGGCGACGAAACGCAAACGAAACUGAAGCUUCUGAACAAACAUGCCUCGCUCACAUGUUAGACUGAUGAAAUUUGCACACCUUUCAAAACUUGACAAACGUCAUACCGAGGUGGUUUAUACACCCGUGACAAUCCAGUUGGCUGAGGAGGGACGUUGCCAAAAUCCACGGAAUGUGAUUGUCAGGAGGAACACAAUCCUAGAGGACGCGAUAUAAAAGAAUCACUGUGCCUGUGUCUAAAGUCCCGUUGGUUUUUCGGUCAAGGCUGUUUUCCGUGUCUCCCCUUCUCCCUUUGUAGUGUACAUGCUGACUGCGGUCUUUUCAGGCUGCGAGCUUCUAAUAAAGCAAGCACUUUUAUGGUGACGAAUGUGAUGAAACUUUGAAGAUCUGCCGAUCUGUGCCCCAGCUGGCAUGGGGAAGGCAGACGCAUUGACUUCCAUGGUUGCAUUGGUGUAGUCAUAACUUUUUUUGAAUGAAGAAAACAGGAGGGUAUGUUGCUUAAAAUCCUUGUUCGGACGAGCUGAAUUGCGGACAGGUUGUAUAUUAUUGUAUGAUUAGUGUAAGUAUUUUGUAAAAUAGCGAUAUCAUGUGAAGCGGUUAAAGAGACACUAUAUAGGUUGUACAGAUUUAAGAGGGUAGCGAGGUAGUUGGCUUACCCAAGAGACAUCAUCCUUCUUUUUCUUUUUUUUUCUUUUUUUUUUUUUAAAUGAUGUUAAGCGGGAUCGGUCUUACGAUAUUUAUCUGACAGAUGGAAACUACUCAUCUAACACCUACUGUACACUACUUUGUUCACUUGAGAUGAUGCUGACGAUGAUUUUGAAGUAUUACACACAUGUGAUUUCUGUUUUCAGUUUGGACAGUGAAGUAUUCUGGAUCAAUCUUUUAACUUACAGUUACUCUUGACUAUCAUAUAGCUGACAUGGAUUUGCAUUGUGUACAACUUGUAUGCUUAUGUUCUCUGCAUGUUCUCAAAACCAGGAGAUAAGUUGUAAAAUACUGUAAUUGCACUUGCCAGUUGCACUUCACAACUCUCAAUAAAGUCAUGUUUGUGAACA